AUCUGGUUUGAGGAAGAACUGGAAACCAACCAUCGUCGCUUGAUUGGGCAGCCCUACUAAGAGAUUUCAAGCUUGUCGGUCUAUUGCAACAAGUAAAUCUCCCACAAUAUGCUCAAGAAUACGAUCUCUAGUCUUUGCAAGGCCGCCGCCCCUCAUAAUCUUGAUGACUCACCUGAAGAGUUGACGAUUGGCGUGGAGAUUGAGUUGGUUCUCUUGGUCCUGAACAACUCGAAAUACAAGCGUCCGAACAUUUUCUCCAACGGAGUUUCAGUCGUCUACGCGGCACCCUUCGAGGGAUUAAUGGAGGUUCGUCAUGCCAUUCACAGCAACACUGCAUUAACCGACGUCCUCGUUGACAGUCGCGAGAUUACUAGCAAAGAGAUGUACAAGAAGUGGCUCGUGUGUGAAGACAAUUCAGUUCACUUGACGGACGACGAGGACAGUCGAUUGGAGAGGUCUCUUGCCCACCUCGGGCACUCCGGUUCAUACACACCUUUCGGCAUUGAACUCAACUCGCCGAUCUACAAGCUUUCAGACCAGCAGAAAUGGUCAUCAGAAAUCAAAACAGUGCUCAGGGCUGUUCAGGUACACUUCAACAAGCCCGGGUCGUAUUUCCACAUCCUGACCAAUGGUAAUACGGGCUUCCACGUCCACAUUGGCACCAAGAAAGGGGGCUUCUCGAAGGGUUCAGUGAAAACCAUCGAGGGAAUUACCACCGUCUUCGAGCGGUUCAUCGAUCAGAUCCAUACCGCCUCUCGGAUUUCCCCCCUCCACCAUUGGAGCAAGCCAAAUACACUUCGAUACAACAACAAUGCCACCAAGCCGGGAAUUCUCAGCGACCCCCUCGCCUGGUGGACGGCGAAAAUCGAAUCAGUGGAAACCUGGGACGGCCUCAAACGUGCUCUCGACUGCGAAGUUCGGAAUUAUGCGGUCAACUACAGGAAUCUUCGUAAGCUUAGCGAGAGCCGCUACGCGAAGGAUACGGUGGAAUUCCGACAGCAUCGAAGCACCUUCGAUGCGGCCGAGAUCAUCUCUUGGGUUGCGUUCGUUGGCGCAAUCGGCAAAUAUGCCUUGAGGACGCCUCUCGACCAGGUAAAGCGUCUCCUCAAACAAUCGCGUAACCCCAAAUACUCGUUCGCAGAGCUGGUCUUGGAUCUUUCCUGCCCGCCAGUGGUCAUCAACACCUACAUCUCAAAAAUGAACCGUAGGUGGCAACAGUCUACCCCGACAAUCGGUAAGUCAUCGCUAUUCUACUCUCUGGCUGAGUACGUGGCUAGAAGGAAUGCGGUAGAUGUACACCCAACUGCAGUGGCGGUGGUCAUCUGGAAGAAGCUCCACGGUGCCUAUCCCCAGACGCGUCACAGCGGCCGCGCCAAUGCCGGUGGAGACUUUCACGAGAGCUUCCUGAAAGGUUUUGCGAAAACUAAUUGGCACGGUCUCAACCUGAACUCCUACCGCAGCACGCCCGCUUGGGGCCCGACAGAAGAUAGUUGGGAUGCCACAGAAUUGGAGCUCGACGGAAUCUACCAGACUUUCAACAGGCUCUUCAAGUAAGUUCCAUUUCCUUUCUAAUCCCUUUCCGUUCAGAUCGAUUCCUUCUAGAUUGGUUCUUUUCAAGUAGUUCAUUUCGAAUAAAAUCUUUUCUUCUCAAGUCAACAACUUUCAUUUUCA